GACGUCCGAGCUUUCGCCGUACGCUGACGAAGGCAAACGCAUCAUCACGACUGAUCGACGAGCCAUAUUCGCCGGCGCCUUGACUUCUACAGCACCUUUUUCCUACCACACUCACGAGUUUCUCCACGAGGCACGAGCAUACCAAAUCGUACGCACCAAGCAGCACAGAGGCCAAAAGAGGGAAACGGGAAAGGAAGUUGAUCGAUAUGUCUACCGUCGCAAGGACUGGCGAGUCAGCCGGCAAAGUUCUGUCGCUGUAUCGUCAGCUUUUGCGCCAGGGAAAUCAGUUUUCCUCUUACAACUUCAGAGAAUACGCCAAGCGCCGCACAAGAGACGCUUUCAGGGAAAACAAGAACGUGGAGGAUCCUAGACAGGUGCAGGAACUUGUGCAGAAAGGGUUACAGAAUCUUCAGAUGCUCAAGCGCCAAACAGUCAUUAGCCAGUUUUACCAACAGGACCGCUUGGUCGUUGAGGGCGGGCUCUCGGGUAAGGACAAAGAAGGAGGUAAGCUCAGGCAGAAGGAUACUGGCUGGGACUAAAUGGCUGCAGACGAAAAUCCCUGUUUAGUAGUCGCUUUGCACGAAUGACACGGGAAGAAAAGGCUAUGUUUAAUACUAUGAGUGAAGGGUUGGCGAAGAGUACACCUGUUCGAGGUUGCAGGAAUGAUGACGGGAUACCAAUACCAGCUUUGAUUUAGCAGGCCAACAAGUCCAAAGGUGGUGGUCGACGGGGCUUCUCUGAUAGCAGAGGAUAAUUAACUUAAAUCAGUUACCAUAUCAAAUUCCAGUGAUUCGGCA